AGUACAAUUCUGAAGACUGAAGUAUAUGGAAUAUUAGGGGGAGUACCUAUAUCAUUUCCCAUGCCAAACCCUGACGCCUGUUCAGAUUGUGGGGUGACCUGCCCUGUUAACAGUGAUACUAGUUACUCCUAUAACAGCACCUUACCUGUAUUAAAACAAUACCCCACAUUACAAGUAGUGGUGAAAUGGCAACUAGUGGGAGAAAAUAAGGACAUCGUGGCUUGUGUAUUGUUCCCUAUAUCUAUUAAA